GUCAGUCAGCAAUGGCUGCAGCAGAAAUUCCCAGUUACAUUGUUUCUUCUCAGACUGAGAAACACAGAAGGGCCAGAAACUGGACUGAUGCAGAAAUGAGAGGUUUAAUGCUGGUUUGGGAAGAAUUUUUUGAUGAACUGAAACAAACUAAAAGGAAUGCCAAAGUUUAUGAGAAAAUGGCUAACAAACUCUUUGAAAUGACGGGAGAAAUUCGCCACGGAGAGGAAAUAAAGAUAAAAAUUACAAAUAUGACAUUCCAGUACAGGAAAUUAAAAUGUAUGACUGACAGUGAAACGGUUGCACCUGACUGGCCUUACUACAAAACCAUUGAUAGGAUCUUAUCCAAAGUGACAGACCACAGCGAUGUGAAAAUGCAUGAAAAUCAGCAGCCAGGUCCUUCCACCUCACAGACGGAGGCCUCACAGUCUCCAUCAGCUAAGUCUACACCUCUGUACUUGCCAUAUAACCAGUUUACAUAUGAAGGAAGGGAAGAGUGCUUUGAAGAUGAACAUUCAGAGAGCUCGUCCAGCUUACUCUCUUACAAGCUGAGAGCUGAAGAGAGACCAGUUAAGAAAAGGAAAAUGCAAAGCUGCAGCUUCCAAAAGAAGAAGCUAAAGCUAAUGGAGGCCAUGUUGGAAGAGCAGAAGAAGUUAAGUAGAGCUAUGGAAGAAACCUGCAGGGAAGUGCGCAGGAUUCUGGAUCAGCAAAACAUCAUUCAGGUUCAAAGCUUACAGCUACAGGAGAGAAUGAUGAAUCUAUUGGAGAAAAUGAUCUCCAAAUCUAAUGUCUAAUUUCCCCUGUGAAUGCCUCUGAGAUUAUUACUGAUACUAUAGACAUCCCUUUAUUGCACACCUUAUGUGUGUCUAUUGCCCCAUUCCCAGGUUUUCCAUGGAAAUUAAAAUCUUAGUGUAAUCCUAGUUAAGCAAAGAGAAAAGAUAAUGCAGAUGAGAGCAAUUCAGUAUGAGAAAACUAGUGCAAUAAAUGCCGAAGUUGAUGUAUUUUUCUACAGAAAGGUUAAGGGAUGAGUAGCUCUGGGAACUUUUUCAGUACUAUUUAUGCCUGGAUCAGGUAGUGUUUUACUAACAGCUGUGUUUUAUGUUGCCUCCCAUCAAGGACUGCAGCCUGACCUGUUGUAGGAGAACAAAGUAGUGUAUUUCUAAACAAGCAUCUUGACUUUGCAGAAGAGUAAACCCUGUUUUGAAACAUAUGCAGUGAUUGUACAAGUGACCUUUGGUUCUUGUGAAGAGCUACUUCGGACCAUGAGAUAUAUCAGUUUAAGCUCCAUGCCUGCUAGGAAUAUUACUCUCAAGAUACUAUAGUAAAAAAACCCACUUUUGAUAAUAAUAAAAAGAACUCCGAACCAACCUUACUAUAUACUGAAUACUAAAAUGUAUAGAAGAUACUUGAAGUUGCUUUUGAUAUUAAAUGUAUAAUUUUUUCAUUAUUAACUGGAAUCUGUUGAAUUAAUGAACAACCAGCAAGGAAAACUCUCAUUUAUUCUCUAUCACAAAAGAAAAAAUACUGUAAUGUGUGUAUAUACA